AUGAAUGUGUCAGAAGCCAGCACAGUGACUGAAUUCGUACUUCUGAGUUUCCCCUGCUCCAGAGAGGUUCAGAUCUUCCUCUUUAUGCUGUUCUCUGUGGCCUACAUCCUGACACUUAUGGGAAACAGGGCCAUUGUCUGUGCAGUGAAGCUAGACCACAGGCUCCAUACCCCUAUGUACCUUCUGCUGGCCAACUUCUCAUUCCUGGAGAUCUGCUACAUCAACACCACUGUUCCCAAUAUGUUGGGAAACUUCCUAUCUGAAACCAAAACCAUCUCUUUCACAUCCUGCUUCAUCCAGUUUUACUUCUUCUUCUCCUUUGGCAUCACUGAGACAUUCUUAUUGCCGCUGAUGGCUUUUGAUCGAUACUUGGCUAUCUGCCAGCCUCUCCACUAUCCUACCAUCAUGAGCAGUCGGUUCUGCCUAAACUUGGUGUCCAUGUGCUGGGUGACAGCCUUUCUCUGCUAUCCAGUUCCUAGCUAUUUUAUUGCUCAACUCCCCUUCUGUGGCCCCAAUACCAUUAACCACUUUGUCUGUGACCCUGGUCCUCUUCUGGCUUUAUCCUGCAUCCCUGCACCUGGAAAGCUUUCCUGCUCUUUGUUGAGCUCACUUAUUAUCUUCAUCACCUUCUUCUUCAUCCUUGCAUCCUACAUCCUGGUCCUCAGGACAGUGUUUUGUGUCCCUUCAGCAGCUGGCAGACGUAAGGCCUUCUCUACCUGUGGGUCCCACCUAGUUGUGGUGUCUCUGUUCUACAGGACCAUCAUGGUAAUGUACAUCAGCCCAAAUUCUGGAAAUCCAGCUGGAACACAGAAGAUUGUCACCUUGAUCUACUCCUCAGUGACCCCACUCGUAAACCCACUGAUCUACAGUCUCCAGAACAAGGAUGUGAAGGCUGCCUUAAGAAAAAUUAUGAUGCGCACAAAAACUACUCAAAAUUACUGA